GGCGCUGGAAGUUGUGUUUGAAGGACAUUCAACAACUUGUCGAGAUGGAAGAAAGCUGCGCGAGGAAGACAGCGAUGGGGAGCUCGUGACCACAUGUCAGUUUAACGGAAGGUUGCUGGUUCGCUGCCGAGCUUCAGCUCCGCUGUCGUCACACUGGAGCUUGCUGAGGGAGGAAAGCACAGUUUGUCCCUGAAUCACUGACACCUCGAGUCUGGAGGUUACAGCAGAGGAAACAUGAAGUUCGCUCAGUUUUUGCUGAAAAAUGGUUCCGUCAGUGGAAUACCGAAACAAGUGGAGAGGUUCGCCAAGUUCUCCCCCUCUCCACUGUCCAUGAAGCAGUUCCUGGACUUCGGCUCGGCCAACGCAUGUGAGAAGACCUCGUUUGUGUUCCUGCGGCAGGAGCUUCCUGUCAGACUGGCCAACAUCAUGAAGGAAAUUGAUUUUCUCCCUGACAAGCUCCUCGGCACUCCAUCCCUAAAGCUCCUCACCAGCUGGUAUUCACAGAGUUUGUUGGAGCUCAUUGAUUUUUUAGAAAGAGAUCCAGAUGAUAAGGAGGUCCUGAAGAGCUUCACGCAGACUCUGGUGAACGUGCGUAAUCGGCACAACAACGUGGUGCCCACCAUGGCUCAGGGCGUGGUGGAGUACAAGGAGGCCUUUGGCGUGGACCCCGUCACCAACCAGAACGUCCAGUACUUCCUGGACCGCUUCUACAUGAGCCGCAUCUCCACACGCAUGCUCAUGAACCAGCACACGUUAAUCUUUGACGGCAGCGUGAACCCAGCCCAUCCCAAACAUAUUGGCAGCAUUGACCCCAGCUGUGACACUGUGGAGGUAGUAAAAGAUGCCUAUGAGACCGCUAAGAUGUUGUGUGAGCAGUAUUACCUGACCUCUCCUGACAUGGAGAUCACAGAAGUCAACUCUAAAAACCCUGGCCAGCCCCUCCACAUUGUCUAUGUGCCAUCCCAUCUCUACCAUAUGCUGUUUGAGCUUUUCAAGAACGCUAUGAGAGCUACAGUAGAGACCCAUGAGACGAGCCCGACGCUGCCCCCCAUCAAAGUGCGAGUGUCACUGGGAAGCGAGGACCUGACGAUCAAGAUGUCUGACAGAGGAGGCGGAGUUCCUCUGAGGAAGAUCGAGCGUCUGUUCAGCUACAUGUAUUCCACAGCUCCCAGUCCAGUCCACUCAGACAACUCUCGCAACGCACCUCUGGCUGGUUUCGGCUACGGCCUUCCCAUCUCCCGACUGUAUGCCAAGUACUUCCAGGGAGACCUGCAGCUGUACUCCAUGGAGGGCUACGGCACCUCAGCUGUCAUAUAUUUGAAGGCCUUGUCCUCCGAGUCAGUGGAGAGACUUCCUGUUUUCAACAAGUCAGCCCUGCGGCAUUACCAGGCGGCCACAGAGGCUGACGACUGGUGCAUGCCCAGCAAGGAUCCCAGGAAACUGGGCAAGUAUGAGAGGUGAUGGUGGGCCAAGGCAGGAAGUGGAGGACACUCUAAAAUAGUUUGAAUAAAAGAAUAAUAAGGUUAAGAAGGAGGUCCAUGUUGGAAGAAAUGAAUUGUCUGGCACUGUACGUGGGAGAAGUCAUCUGGACCGGGACUACGUCUAAAGAAACCUUGAUGGAAAAACACUCGAAAAACACAAAAAUGCUGAUUGUUGGAGUCAAGAAUCAGAUAAAUGCAGCUGGACUAUUGCAGCCAGCGUCUGUAGGCAGUUUAACUCAACACACAGUCAUCACACUUCAUGUCUACACACUCUCACAGGCUGCUAAUGGAACCAGUAUUAACGUCUUUUUGCCUCACACACUUCUCAGUUAUCAGGUUAGAAUAACAUGGUCACACUGUGAAUCAAGCAUGCAAGCUGUUGUGUUUAUGUCAGGUUUGACUUUCAAAAUGUGUAAUUUAAUUUAGUAUUCUAGGCCUUUAACACAGGGAGGAUGUGUUCAGUGGCUCCAGCACACACACACACAAAGGGAACAGCGUCUGUUUCAUUACGUUUGUUCAUCACACAACUUUUGCAUUUUCUCCAGCAUUUCAAAGACACUAUAAGAAGUAUUUGCACUGGUUAUAUACGUUGGUGUAUAAUGGAAUUAUUUCAUUAUUCAAACAGUUGUUCAAUUUUUAGCCAUUUAGCUUUUUCCAGAAAAGUUGUAAACAAAAUAGGAUUAUUUUUAACGAAGGAUUCUGUUUAUUAAUAAGCUCCCUGCCGCGUGCCUUAGUGUUCGACACAGCUGAAUCUUUUUUAAAGGAUGGAUUAUGAAUAUUGAGACGCUGUAUUGUAAGACGUGUUUUCUGUUAAAACAUAGUAUUGCAACAUUUUUGUGAGUGAUAGUAUUUGACUGCUGAGGUGACUUCACCUGUCGCUGUCACGCUCCUCUGUUUAAAUGAGUGUUUAAUGGCAGCAGGAGCUCAAAUACACACUUUUUAAAUGUUCUGUCUUCUCAGUGUUUGUCUGCAUGUUAAUGGUCAUUUGAUAAUUUCACCCAGAUUGUUUUGUAAUGAUGCAUGCAUUGUGUAUUAAGUCACUCACAUUCGAGGGUGCAGACGCCUGUGUGAGACGUUAAAUGUUGCAGAAACUGUACUUUCUGCUGAGUGACAAACUAUUAACCAUCAUGCUUUGGUGUAAUAUGUAGGAAGAAUGGUGCUCAGACAUUUCAAGCUGUCUUUGUGUUAUAGAUAUUUUCUUAUCUGUAUCCAACAUUUUCACAUUGCUGUGUCCUCGUCGUACCAGACGUUCGUUCACUUCACUUGUAUGAGUAAAAUUCAGUCACUGCCAAGUUUGAAACAUUUAGAACAGCUCUGAGUACUCGCUGACUAAUUCAUAUAUUAGAGAUUGUCAUGAUUUGGGAACAUUAAUGUAAUAAAAACAACACUCUGGAAGGCCAAGUGUUACUGCACUGAAGCUGUGGCUCGCCACAGAAAGGACCAGUGAAUGUUGCAAAUAAAAAUCUUGUGUAACCUCUCA